GUUUCACUUUCGCUCAAUCGUUUUACCGUCCGUUCUUCGACAAACACCAGGUCCUCUGAGGACUGUGAAUUGCAUUUCGAAAGCCUCUUUCCUGGGUUUGUGUUAAAGUAUGACUCAAGUUUACGCAGACUUUGACAUGCUCUUUCACAGAAGCCACCCGCCUAUUGUCCUUUGUCCUAGGACAGAGGUCCAUUGUUGUCAUGCAUUCUCCUCGGCAUAUGGUUGCAGUGUCCUGAAAAAAGGCAAACAAAGGUCCUCCUUUGAUCCGCCCCGCACCACUAAGUAUAAAUACAGACUCCCUGCCGGUGAGCUUCUUUACCAACGUCCCUUCCCUUCUUCCCCACUCGAGCCGUGCUCGACUCCACUUUCUCUACUCACAUUUCUCUGCCACUCUUCGCGUCCUAAUUCCAACUUCCUUCGCUAAUUUUCAAGAUGGUCCAGCUUGCUGCCAAGUCUUCGCUCCUCCUGGCUUUCAUCGCCGUAGCACAGGGUGCUCCCCUUUACAAGCGCAUUGCACAAACCAUUGCAGAAUCGACUGCACAAUGGGAGAAGGCCUGCCUCGCCGCAGGCGGUGGUGAAAAGUGCAACCCAGUCUCCGUGACGGCGUUUUCCACUCUUCUUGCUGCUGCAGGUCCUUGUGAACAGCAGGAUAGCGCAGAUGCAAUGAUCGACCUCGCCAAGACACUUAAUAACGACCCCGACAUGAUCAAGUUGGCUCAGAUUUUCGCUCAACAGCCCAGGAACACGCCUACUUCGCAGUCUGUUCCGUACUGCCAACAGGCCCCGAACAACUCUGAACUCAAUGGCCUAUUCCAGUGUCAGUUCCAAGGUGCCGACCCGAAGACGUUUGCCGGUGGUAUCGCAGCCGGCCAAACUGGCACGAUUCCCUUCGGUCAGAAUGCACCCCUCGAUCCCGCCGGGUCUUGCCCCGCCAACCCUCAGGGACCCAUUCCUGAUGGUCAACAACUCGUAAGCAUUACUCAGGACCCGGGAGUCGGCAGCACGGGGAGCGGUAAUGGGAAUGGGAAUGGUAGCGGAAACGGCAACAACAACGGGAAUGGGAAUGGAGAUGGCCAGAGUGAUUCUGGUGUCUCGUCCUCUGCCGCAUCCACUGCCGCGGCUUCUGCUACAUCCUCUGCCGUAGCUUCUGCGACGUCUGACGCGUCUGGGUCUUCCGAUGAUACCGAUACCGACCCAGCCAACGCCACCGCUACCUCUGACGCCACCCUUUCUGCCCCUGCUGUCACUGCCACAGCGACUGGUAACGUUGGCGGCAACGACGAGUCAUCCGCUGCUGCACCUGCUGCCACCGCUACUGCAGCACCCACCGGCGCCGCAACGACUGCAGCUGCUCCUGCUGCGUCUACCUCUGCUGCGUCUGGAAACGCAGGCAACACCGGCAGCGGCGAUUUUCUCUUGCAGAACGGCCAAGACGCACAAGCUUUGAACGCAAAGUUCGCCACUCUGUCGACGGAUGGCACCUGCACAGAUGGUGACUCGGCCUGCGUCGAGGGUGGUUUCGCUCAAUGCGUCGGUGGCAAGUUCGUGAUCAAUCCAUGUGCUGGCGGACUACAAUGCUUCGCUCUCCCGUUGGUGAACAAGGCCGGCACUUCACUCACUUGCGACACUCAGGCUGACGCCGAAGCCCGUAUCGCUGCUAGCGGCGCUCAGGGAGGUUUGACUGGAGCAAACUAAUCUCGCUCACGUCACGAUCUAUUACGACUACUUUUGUAUCGAUAGCACCCCACAACAUCAUUCGCUCACUCAUUCUGCAUUCCUUUUUUAUUCUCGUUCGUUGUCGCGCUCUGUGGAGCUGCUCUUCGUUAUCUGGUACUCUCAUCACUAGUCGUUUUCAGAGUAACUUAAAUGUUAUGUACGGUGGCCGUCUGCAAUAGAUCGAAUCAUCCGUC